AAAAAGAAGAAAAUGGUCUCUCCAAUGGCGUUUCUGUUGCUCAUUACAGCUCUGAUAUCUUCCUUUUGUACUUCAUCUCAAGCAGCUGCUCCAAAAACUUCUUUCGAAGACAACUUCAGCAUAAUGUUUUCUGAAGAUCAUUUCAAAACAUCCGAGGAUGGCAACACCUGGUUCCUCUCCUUGGACAAACAAACAGGCUGUGGAUUUCAGACCAAGGAAAGAUACAGAUUUGGGUGGUUUAGCAUGAAACUGAAGUUGGUCGGAGGUGAUUCAGCUGGUGUUGUGACAGCUUACUACAUGUGUUCGGAGAAAGAGGCAGGGCCGGAGGGAGAUGAAGUGGAUUUCGAAUUCUUGGGGAAUAGAACCGGGCAGCCGUAUUUGAUUCAGACCAACGUGUACAAGAAUGGGGUUGGGGGGCGUGAAAUGAGGCACAUGCUUUGGUUCGAUCCCACUGAAGAAUUCCAUACAUAUUCCAUUCUGUGGAAUAAUUACCAACUUGUAUUCUUUGUGGAUAGAGUUCCCAUCAGAGUGUACAAAAACAAUGGCAACAAGAGAAAUGACUUCUUCCCCAACGAGAAGCCGAUGUACUUGUUCUCCAGCAUAUGGAACGCCGAUGACUGGGCGACGAGAGGCGGGCUCGAGAAAACCAACUGGAAAAGGGCACCAUUCGUCUCAUCUUACAAGGACUUCAGUGUCGAUGGGUGCCAAUGGGAAGACCCCUACCCUGCAUGCGUAUCGACCACCACCAAGUAUUGGUGGGACCAGUACGAUGCUUGGCAUUUGACUGAUGAUCAGAAGAAGGAUUUUGCUUGGGUCCAAAGAAACCUUGUCAUUUACGAUUAUUGCAAGGAUUUUGAACGCUACCCUAAAUUGCCUGGGGAGUGUUCCUUGAGCCCCUGGGAUUAGGACAUGUACUUA